UCGCCUUCACCAAACGCAAUCAUGGGUAUCUCUCGUGACUCCCGUCACAAGCGCAGCGCCUCUGGUGCAAAGCGCGCAUACUAUCGCAAGAAGAGAGCUUUCGAGAAGGGUCGUCAACCCGCCAACACCCGUAUCGGCGCCAAACGUAUCCAUCUCGUCCGCACCCGUGGCGGUAACCGCAAAUUCCGUGCCCUGCGCAUCGACUCCGGCAACUUCUCAUGGGGAAGCGAGGGCAUUGCCCGCAAGGUCCGCGUGAUUGCUGUGGCCUUCCACCCGUCCAACAACGAACUCGUCCGUACCAACACCCUCACCAAGGCCGCCGUUAUCCAGAUUGAUGCCACUCCUUUCCGACAAUGGUACGAGGCACACUACGGUCAGCCCCUCGGUCGUCGACGACAGGGCAAGACCGCUGAGGAGGAGGUCAAGAAGAGCAAUGCUGUGGAGAAGAAGCAGAAGGAGCGAUUCGCCGGUGCCGGCGGCAAGGUCGAGGCCGCCCUGGAGCGACAGUUCGAGGCCGGUCGAUUGUACGCCGUCGUUGCCAGCCGACCCGGCCAGAGCGGCCGUGUCGACGGCUACAUCUUGGAGGGCGAGGAGCUUGCUUUCUACCAGCGUGCCAUCCGAAAGUAGACGGAUGUAUCGUAUGGAUCUUUCUGCUGCUUGGCGUUUAUCAUGACUACGGCUGGGAGUGAUUGCAUUUUUGCUUCGGAAAUGGGGCUAUCAACAGGGUCGAAAGGCAGACCUUUUCCCGCUUCAUUAUGGAGGGAUUAUGUUGAUGUAUUGAUGCAAAUGCCUUGGCACGUCGUGUCUCGCAUGGUUAUGCUUAGAUGUGUCCAAUGGACAAAUGCAACACCAAAAAAUUUCAUACAAGC